UCAUAUCCCAGGUGACAUUCUCCAAGAAAGAAGUUAUCUCUACAGCUAGUUAGUGGCAAAAUGAAAACAAUGAUGUCGAAGAUUUCUAUUUCAUUAUAGAGAAUGGCUACGGAAAGUUUAGUGUUUAUACUGAAGUGAAGUUAAAGUAAUCUCAACCUGUUUCACUGCUUAAAACCCGCGGUUUGUUUCAGUGAUAUAUCGACUGUGUAUUUCCGACAACUUGGUUAUUUCCUUUAGUGAAAGUACAAGUAUUUUUCUAGUGGCUGGGGACUGAACUAUGUAAUUAUGUAAAAUUCUGGCUGUGUAAAAUUUUAGGCCAAAUGUGCCAGAAAUCAUUGCACAGGUGUACUAACCUGUUACAUGAAUGGCAACAGUAUGGCUGAUAAAUUAGGGUUAGGUCCAGAAGUUAGAGAACUGAAAUUAGGCCCUACUUUCUCAAAUAGUAAAGGAACUGCAUUUCACACGUUAAGAUAUGACUUUAAACCUGCCAGUGUUGACGAGAGCAAGGUGGCUACAGUGGACGUCGGGUCCAAUCAGCAGGUGACUGUCACAGUGCCUCAUCUCGAUGGGUCAGGCACUAUGCAGACAGUCUUCAAAGGUUCCCAUCGCCCAUAUCAGCGAGAAUGUGUCCUUAUCAUCGACAGGACUACGGGGGAAAUCACCCUAGAAAAACUGGCAAGCAACAUUCAACUUAAGAAGACAAGAAUGGAGCCUUCCAAAGCCAACAGCCAUGGUGUGGGAAGCAGUUACAGCUCAGCUCGUCCUGCUACUCCCACAGAGAAGAAAACUUCUCCCCCGCAGCGGCAGAGCCACAAGCCACCCAAGAACUUGAGCAUGCCUUUGCCCAAACACUCUCCUCUGCCUGCCUCCCCGUCGUACAACAAGAGCCCCUCUGUCUACAAGUCUCCACCACAACUUGUGUCUACUCUCAGUCUUUCGCCAGUAGCGCCAGGCAGUCUUCCAAUGAUAGGGCUGGAGGAUCCCCUUGACAAUGCUUUCUCUUCUCCCAAUUUGCCUGAUACUUUAAGGCACUCUCCAUCUCCUUAUUAUCAGUCAAAUGAACAUGAAGAGGAUCAAGUUAUCUCAAGAGUAGGUAAUUUGUCUGCAAGUUCAUCGAGCAACUCAUCCAGUGACGGAGACUCUUCAGACUCAGAGAGCGACUCUUCCCCUGCCAACAAUGACACCAAACUAAGGCUGACUAAUGGACAUGUUAACGGAAGUGUGCCACCAGCUGAUGUGCUCCAAGCAGACCUGGAACUCUCAGAUUCCGCAUCAGACUCGGACUGUUAACUACCAUACAGGCCUGGUGGGGGGUGGGGCUUAACCUCCUCAUUAUAUAUAUGUGUUAAGUCGAUUUACUGUAACUUUAUAAUCACAUAAUGUGUAAAUAAAAUACUGGACGAUGUACUCCUGUAUGUUACAUUGGAAUAUAUGGCACAAAUUGAUAUAAA